GUCCUGGACAGCGGUGGCUCCAGGGCAGCUGCCCCUCCUCUCCUUCCCCCCCGGAAAACCAGCGGCUCAUCAAAUCCUAGCGGGAGGAGCCGUGAAAGGAGGCGAAGCGCCAGGCUGAGGUCGCUGCUGAGAGUAGAGAUGGGAAGCUGCUCUCCUGCUGCAGCAGCAGCUCAGUAGCUCAAAACAAUGCUGGCGAUUGCACAGCCGCCACCGAAAGACACCCUCCGAGCUGUGGGUGAAGGAGGGCCGGCGCAGGGUUUGCCUGGAGCCAUGCAGAGGCCGCCGACGCCGCUCUUACUCCCGGUCACCUGAGCCUACCCCGAAGAAACCCAUUUUGGCCGUCGGCUGGGCGAGGGGAACGAAAACCGCCCGAAGGCAAAGUGAUUCUGCGGGCAGCCAGGCAUGGUGGAUCCGGUGGCGGAUCCCGGCGAGGAGAGAUGCGCGGAUCCUGCAGGCGCCGACGGAGCUGCGGCGGCGGCGGGCACAGCCACCUCCUCUGCAGCCGCCCCGGUGUGCCAGUCGCCCACUCCCCUUCCGGCGGCUGUGCCUUCUGCGGGGGUCGGGGACCCGGAGCAGGUCCGCGAAGAGUCGCCCAUGUUGCACCUGGAUCUGUACAACUUUGACCGCCCGGAGGCCGAGGGCAGCCGCUAUGUGCUCACCAGCCCCCGCUCGCUGGAAGCCUGCGCCCGCAGCGCCGUCAAGCCGGUGGAGCUGCUGCCCAGGGCCCUGAGCGAGCUGGUGAAGGAGGCCCCUGGCAGGUCGAUGAGGGUUGCCGCCGGCCUGUAUGAAGUCUACGAAAUGGACCGGCAGAGGAAGCUGCAGCAGUGCCGGGAGGAAAGGGAAAGGAUUAUCCGCGAGGAGAAGAGGAGGCUUUUCACGCCUCUCCUGAUCAGCAGCCUCCCUUCCUCCCCGGCCUCCAGGAUGGCCUUCAGAGGCGCCGCUGUGGAUGGGAGCUGUACCGGCGCGGCUAGACAGCCGAGGGCUGGCUGUGCUCCUCCCACUGGCGCCAAGGCCAAGAAGAGCCACUCGCUGGAUUCCUUGCAAAAGAGGAGAGAGGGCUUUUCCACCAAAACCUCCUCUGACUCUGGUGCCUCUUCCUCCUACAGUGGAGACAGCUUUAAGGACAAAUGGCCCAAGCAGGUGCCCAGGACUAGGACAGCAGCUCCCACAAAUUCCCUGGUGGGCCGCAGUUUCAGCUUGGGUGACCUGUGCCAUUCCCCCCAGACCACCCAAAAAGUGGAAAAGAUAGUCAAGGAGAUGAAGAAGAGAGGCCUCAAGGAGGUGUCGGAGAGGGACCGAAAGAUCGCUGCCCUGAUGAUAGCCAAGCGCCAGGAAGAGAGCAUCUUGAAUGAACAACGGUACAACGCCCACCUCCAGUGGGACAUGCAGAGGAGGCUGGCAGAGCAGCGUAGGGAGAAGGAGGAGAAGGAGAAGCAGAGGGCCUUGAUGCAGUGCAAGAAGAUGUGGGGGUCCAGGCUGGAGAAACACCGCUUCAAGCUGACCUUGGAACAAGAGGAAGCUGCCCUGUUGAAGCACAAGCAGAGGCUAUUGGAAGAGCAGAAGUGGCGGGAGCACGUGGAGAAGCAGGAGAAACUGAAGAGAGAGAGGUUGGAGAAGGCCACCCUAGAAGACAGGCAAAAGAAAUACCACCAAGAGCGCAAUUUAAAGACUCGGGAAGAGAGCAAGAAAGAGACCCUGGAACGAGAGGUCCAACUGUUGGAGGAAAAACUGUCCCUGGCUGCCCAGAAGAAGCUCAAAAAAGAACAGCUACUACAGAAGGAAAAGAAACUGCUCAACCAGGCUGAGAAGCUGAAGCACGAAGCCCUCUACAAGGAGCUGACCAAGCAAGGGGCCGAAGAGAAGGCUUUGCUGAGCGCCUCUAUGAAAGGGAGCUUGAGCAGGGCUCAAGAGAAUUAUGAGCAGCUCAUUGAGAAGAGGAACCAAGAAAUAAGGGACAAAGCAAAGCGGGAGGAACUUCAGAUUCAGAGGGCCAAACUGGCAGCAGAAAGGCGGGAGAAGGAGCAGAAGGAGCACUUGAAGGCCUUGGCCAAAGCUACAGAGCGGAAGCUCCAGCAUGCAGCUCAGGUAGCCGAGGAGGUUGUCCAGCAAAAAGCCCGCAAAGUGGUCCAGAGCCGGUUGGAAAAGGAGAAGAUACAGAAAGUCAACAAGAAGAAAGUGGAACAGUAUGAAGAUAUCCGGCGCAAGGAGAUCCUUCUGUCAAUUGAAAAAAAACUAGAACGGAGUGAACAAAUUUUUAAGGAUAAAAGAAAUAUUUUGGAAAAUGCCAGGUCUGUUGCUCGGGCAUCAUUCCAUGUCCGGGAAAAGGUACGGGAAGAGAUGAACGUGCGCACUUUUGACAAGAUGGCCUUUGAAGCUGAAUUGCAGGCCAGCCUGGUUAAAAAAUAAAAAAGGUGUUUUUAUUUCAGGAUAAGUAGGGAUAUCUCUCUGGUGCCCAUUGUUAAGAUUUUGUUAUUUUAAAACAACACCCUUAUUUAUUAUUUUGGAAGAGUACAUAAACUUUGGCAGCUACUCCACAGAACUUUUUUCAACAUGUCUUUGUUAUACAUAUUUAAAAAAUUGUUUUUGACACAGAAAAUAUUGUACCUCCCUUGAAAAACAACGACAAACGUAUGCAACAGCAAGGCAGAAAUGGGCAGAUUUUAUACAAACAGGUGCAAAGCUCUCAGAAAGUCGAGGGCCAGUUCAGUUUCCUGUCCCACAGAUUAUUAAAUAGCCACUAACUUUGUUUUUAUACACCUCAUAUUUAAUGUGAAUGGUAUUCACUUUGGAUCAGACUGCAGCAUUGCAUGCUGGAAAUUGUAGUGUCUUAUACUAUGCGUCCAUAUUUAAGAAGAGUUUAUUUUAUGAAAUUCCAUAUAGUGUUUGGCCCAUAUGGUGCACUUUAUCUAUGCUAUUGGAAACAAUGGGGCUUAUAACAACAACAACAAAACGUUAAUAGAAAAUUCAGGUAACGACUAGUCCUGUUCAUGCGGCACAAAAAAUGUUUGGAAACUCAUGUUCAAAUAAAAGUAUAAACACUUUGAAGUAAUUUAAA